CCCUACUUUCACGAUGCGGAAGUGGGACGUUUCCACGCGAUCCCGAGCACUGCGUGCUGGAUGUUGUCCCCGGGCGAGGAGCUGGUGAAGCGCUGGGAAAGGGAGCAGGUCUGCCUGAAGGAGCGCCUGUUGGAGGAGAACACGGAGGCCUGGCAGGAGAGCGGCAGCUUUAGCGGCCUGGCCAGGGUCGGUGGCGUCGACUUGUCUUUUAUUAAAGGCGACGACUUAAACGCGUGCGCUCAGCUCGUGGUGCUGAGCUACCCCGACAUGCAGCUGCUGUAUGAGGACAGUGAGAUGGUGACCCUCACUGCCCCCUAUCUGCCAGGGUAUCUGGCCUUCAGGGAGUGUCCACCACUGCUUCAGGUUCUGAAGAGGCUGGAGGGAGAGAAGCCCUGCCUCAUGCCACAGGUGCUCUUCGUGGACGGGAACGGUCUUUUUCAUUACCGAGAGUUUGGCUUGGCAUGUCACCUUGGAGUGCUUUCGGACCUGCCCUGUGUGGGCGUGGCCAAGAACCUCCUCCAGGUGCAGGGAGUGAUCAGAAGUGAGGACCACCUCUCACAGAUUAGUGCCCUGAAGAAAGCUGGAGAUAGUUUCCCGUUGGCUGCUGCUACUGGGAGAAUACUCGGGCAGGCCCUGAAGAGUUCAGACAGCAGUUCCAAACCCGUGUAUGUGUCUGUGGGCCAUCGUAUCAGCCUGAAUACUGCGGUCCGGCUCACACACUCCUGCUGUCGUUACCGUGUGCCCGAACCCAUCAGACAGGCUGACAUUCGCUCCAGAGAAUACCUGCGAAGACGGUUCCCCUCUGGUCCUCCGUAGACACCCCCCCCCCACACACACACACACAGAGAAUUUUCAACGCACUGCUUGAAUUCAAGGAUGUCAGUGGAACCCCUCAAAUGGAGUCCUGGACAGGACGGAGUUGUGUCGUCACCAUAAAGAUGGGGCUGUUGGAAUCUGAUUGCAAAGCAGUCCAGUCGGCAGCUUCCUCCCAAAGGUGUUACGGGAAGGCUGGCCUGAGAUCAGCUCCCAAGGAUACGCGUCUCCUGGGUGGGCAUGCGUAGGACAGCUGUCUAUACUCUCAUAAAUAAUCCAUGAUGCACAUCCACAGUGGAACAUGUGUGUGUGUGCAGGUGUGUUACUGAGGAAAUUGGAUUGUAAACAACUCACAAAUUACAGCUCAGGAUUAGAUUCAGAUUAAGAUCUUGUGAUUAAGAUUAAGGCUUGUGAGCACUAAGAGCGGAAGCUUCUAGCAUCAGAUUUUAGACAGUAGCGCUCAGUGUGUAUGUUCAGCAACACUAUUUAUCAGAACACACAUACAUACACACGCCCUGAAAGCAGUACUGAGUGCCCGAGGCUACAAGAACAGCUACUGCGUGCAUGCACACACACACUCCUCCUGCAACGGCAUACAGUCCAGAGAAAUGCAGAGGAUUAGAGGUCCAGACCUUUGAUCCCAGACGUGCUCAGGAUUCUCUGUGCUGCCCAAUCAGCAGAGGAAUUUGCUCGUGUCUGUUCCUCACAAAGUAUUUGCCAACGCAGGUGUCUUUGAUACAGGGCUUUGUCCAGUCAAUAUGCAUAAUCACUCACCCUGCCCCAACCCAUGGAGGCACCACUGUUGCCUCGUUAUACCCCCAUAAAGGGGAGAACAUCAUGGUUUCACUGAGUUAAUUGGUAUGAUUUCCACCCCUCAGCCAGAGCAGGGGAAACCCCUCCAAAGUGUUGGGGUCUUUCUGAACCAGGAGGGAAUGGAGAGGAGCAGAUCAAGGCUACAGGCAGAAGCAUACGAUUUCUGUGCCUUUGAUCCCAGUUUGUUUGAUCUUAGGAGCAUAUCAGGGAUCGUUUGGCCAUGCCUGGUUUCUAACGGGCCUAGGGAAUCGAGGCUCGAGGUGUGAGUGUUGAUAUCGACCUGCACCAAUUACAGUUUCCACUGCAAUGAGAGAUUUUUUUUUUUUACUUUGAGCCACAUGUUUCAAACUGUCGGUUCAACAGAGAGCACAAACUAUCGAAACCAUUUUUGGGCUUCACUACAAAAAGAUUAUCAAUGAUUAAACACUAUUUGUAAUUGUGCGGACACCUGUGGCCAUUUUUCUCUUCCUACUAAAACAUCUGUGUGUAAGCCCAACCUAAAGUAAAGUUGACUAGUUGAUUAACUGCUCCGGCCCUUUACACGCCUCUGGUCCUCAACAGUCAUUCCCUGCUUCAUUUCUGCUUUUUCUUUAGAUAAAGAUUACAAGGAGUAAAGAAACUAAAGCUUAAAAAAAGCCCUUGAGAAAAACAAUAAAAGUUUCCCUUUGAAAAAGAGAAAACACACACCAUAGGAAUAAAGUGGAUGCAAAAUCAGUUGGCAAUUGUGCAUUACAAAUGCCCUGUUGGCAUGGUCAUUGAUGGAUUGCAGAGCAGCUACAUGGGAGUACCCACUAGGCCUGUCAGAUUGGUCUGCACCUGCACCUUACCACGACCGCUGUACAUGUCCUUCACAUCAAAGCACUUCAAGUGGAUACCUUUCAAACUGCCAAGGGCCCAGAAAGGAAGGGACUCUGGAUUUGGACUUUGACAGACAAAGAAGGGGACGUACUGUUCCCAGUGCUGGCUCGUGGCAUGUCCAUCCCUUUAAAAGCCUCUGGUCUUCAAUACUCAUUGCCUGCUUCACCCUCCGGGUGGGUCCUCAGUCCGAGUCUCCAGCCAAAAAACGAAAACUGCCAUAUAUCUCCUCAGAGAAUUUACAGAGUCAUAUGAAAACCUUCGUAAAAACUGGAGCCUAAAAGAUGUUGUCUAGAUGUAGAAGCCCCUCCCCCCACAUGCUCCCGUGGUUAACAUGGCGCUUUCUGCUGAGCACAGGGAAGUUUAUUUACUUGUAAAAUCCCAUCUCAGAGAGAGAAAGAGAGAUAAGUAGAAUAUUUGAACUGUACACCUCAGCUAACGGUGCCCUUGAACACUGAAAGGCUGGAAGUUAUUUUUAGGUAGUCAAUUAGUAGUAAUCUCUGGUGCCAUUCUCUUUAGAGAGGGCCUUUGCUAACACCAAAGUCAGUGCAGAGCUUCCGUACACACUGAACAUUUUCAGCUGCCCUGCUUUACCCCAGGAGAUCGCCACCAAGGGCUUCCACCACUCACAAACACAUGUCUCUGUUUCCAGGGCAUCAAUUGGUCAGUUUGGACUUUUGAAAGGACCAAUCAGCAGUUUUGGCUAGUUUCAUCAUCCCUCAUACAUGGAUCACGUUUUGUAAUUGUUUCCCCAUCGCUGCUUGGACACCCGAUGGGAUCUGUGCAUCCUCUCUGCAGCCAUAUGAACUCCGCACACGGAUCCGGUCCAUUCAUCCGGGUGGUUGGAGUUGCACAUCCUGCUAUGUUUCAUUAAGCAUAAACCAUGGCAUCCAAACCGUCUUUGACACACCCACAUUCAGAUGUUGGCUCCAGUGUUCAGAAGAAAAAAGCAAAAGCCAAAAGAAGAAGAACCGGAAUGGGGGACCCCAGAGGUCAUACAAAGCCUUAACCAGCACCACGUGGUGUUUUCCUCCCAGCAGAGACUGUUACAGACAGAACAUGGCAAUGCCGAUAUUCAAACUUGAGUUUUGAGUAGCGGUCAACCAAUGUGGCCAAUUCAUGUUUGCACUUGUGUAGCGUGUUGUCUGUUGCACUGUUGUUUUUAUGUUGCACCAUGGUCCUGGAGGAACA